AUGAGUGAUAUUAUUGAAGAGAAGAUUCCCAGUAAAGUUGAUUUUGAUAAAUUACUCUUUUCAAGAAGACACAAUCUACUUGAAGCAGUUGUAAGAACUCUUGUCACACAACAACGACAAAAUAGAAGUGCUGAAUAUGCCCGAAUUAUUUCUGAUUAUUUUAAAGCACAUGGAAGAUUUAUGGAAUUAAUUACAUGGGCAAUUGAUAUUGAUUUUCUUAGUACUGAUACAUUAAUGAUUGACUCGAGUUCAUUCCAAUAUUCUACAUUUUUCAUUCCAUUUUAUAAUCAAUUUGUACGUUAUUAUUUUAAAAAUUAUUUACUUGAUACCUUUGAACCAAUUAUCGAUGGAUUAUCUACUGGAGGUGAUUAUAGUGAAGAGUUUAAAAUCGCUAUGAAUUUCCAAUCUAAAGAAAUUACUACUUCAGAAGAUAUUGCAGCUUAUCAACAAUCUCUUGACACAAUCUCUAAAAUUUUCUGCAAGUUAAAUGAUGAGUUUAUUAAAAAUGCACAAUAUUUACCUGAUUUUGUUAGAAUGUUCUUUAAUCGAUUCUUUACACUAUUAAGAGAAGGAGAUAUAGAAGAUGUUGUAAUAGAAAAAAUAUUUAAUGAAUUAUUCUUUACAUAUACUAUUUGUCAAAAUGUAAAUGAUCCAUUUCUUAUGAUGUAUGAUGAUGAAAAAAGAACUCAAUUAGUACCUGUGUUAUAUAAAUUAGAAUUUGUUGCAUUAGUCAUUCAAAAUUUGUACACUAAUACUUCUUUAUGUGAAGGUUUUCUUAUUGAUCUUCAACAAACUAUUAGAAAAUUCAAUGGAUUAAAUAUUGGAGAAAAGAUGUUUAAAUACAUGGACAGUCAUCCUGCAACAGUUAAAGAAGAAGAAGAAAGUGAAGAAGAAAAAGAACGUGCAUUCAAUAAUUUAUUAGAUGCAAUUAGAAAUAAUAUUCAAGGAAUAUUAGAUUUAUUGCCAGGUAAUUUAAGUAAUCAAUUAUUAGAAGCAAUUAAAUUAGAGAAACACGUUUAUGACGAUUACCAAAUCUAUCAUGCUACAAUGGAUACAAUCAAUACAUUUACUCAAGCAUAUAAUGCUAAAAUAAACAAAUUAGAUACAGAAAAUAUAUCACUUAAAAAUGAAUAUGAUAAGUUGUUUAAAGAACAACAAGAUUUAAUUCAACAACUAGAUGCCUUAGAACGAAAAUUAGGUCAGGAAGAUCUUGAAAAGUUAUCAUCAUGUUUAGAUGAUGAAUUAAUUUAUGGGGAUGAAUUUAAUCUUAUUGAACACUCUACUUCUAAUCGCUCUUCAAGAGACUCAUCUCGGACACGUUCUAGUAUCCCACGACCAAUGUCCUCACUUCAAGACACAUCACCUACAUUAACACCGAGACUCUCUAAUUCAAGUUCACAAAAAAGCUCACCAAAACAAAGCAAAUUAUUUAGUAAAUUCUGGAAAACUGAAAAGGAGAAAGAGAAGGAAAAACAAGAGAAAAAAGAGACCAAGGAAAAAGAUAAGAAGGAUAAAAAAGAGAAAAAGGAGAAAAAAUAA